GAUUACGAGAUUUGAAGCGAUCGAUAUUUCUCAUUGGAAGACAAAUUGAUAUUAAAACUGUGUAUACUGUCGCCGUAAACAGGAACUGUUAAAUAAGCAAUUCGAGAAAUGACGUUAAAUAUUUAACAUGACCUCAGCUGGUGGUUCUGGCUUAUCAACAAAGACACACUAUGCUCGUCUUGGCCACGCUGCACAAAAUCUGAUACCCAGAUUCCUACAGGAAGUUUUGUUAUAUUAUGAACACCCUAAAAAUAUUGAUUACAGCUGUAAUACAAACCCUCAUGUAACGUACCGUCUAAAAUCAGCAGACUGGACAAAAAUUAAUGAAGCGGUAAACACAGGAUCUUACAAGAAUUUUGAUAUUCCGCUGAUUUAUACAAUCCUGCGAAAUAUUCACAGUCAUACACUAGCGCCAACCAAUGGAUGGGCUCAUCAAGUGGACCCACAACCUCAUGAAACAAACACAGGUGAUGACCUUGAAAGAUGUCGAAGAAGAAGAAAUCUGAUCAUUCACAGAGGAAACACAGAGGUCAGCGAUCAAGAAUUAAAAGAAUAUUUUGACGAAUUUAAAGCAAUUGCAGGUAGAUUACAGUUGACCUUUAAUAAAAAGAACAAUGAAUUUGUUUCGGAGGUUGAAGAUCUACGAACUUGCUGUAUGGACGAGGAUACAGAACGAAAAUAUUUGGAAGAAAUUGAAGAAUGGCGAUGCAGAGGCUUAGAGUAUGAAGACCAAAUUUCACAACUGAAGGAGCACCUAUUGGCUAUGGGCAUAUCGGAAAAACAAGGAAAUGAAAAUGCUGUAUUCAUUAAAGCUCUGAAAGAGACAACAUGUUUUGAAGGCAAGACAGUGAUACUACAAUGUAUUGUUAGUGGAUCAAAGUGUAUAGCAGAAUGGUUGAAGAAUGACGAAGAAAUUUUAUACGACCGAAAAAACAGACAGGAAUGCUUAAGUGAUAUAAUCGAUGGUAUACAUGUCCAGGUCUACAAGCUUUUAAUUUCAGAAUCUACCGAAGAAGAUAGUGGCACAUAUACACUAAAACUUGGGAAUAAAACAAGUAGCUGUGUCCUAUCUAUCACAGAAAGGAGGCCAAGUUUAAUCAAACUGCGAAAGUAUCAGGAAGAGCUUGCUGAGAUAGCUGUGACAGGUCAAAACACUAUCAUAUGUGUCGGAACAAAUGCAGGAAAGACGUAUGUGGCAUAUCAUAUAAUUGAAGACCAUCUGAUCAAGUACCCAGAAAGUAAAGUCGUUUUCAUAAACAAAACCAAUGUUUUGUUAGAACAGCAGUACAGCAGAGCAUGUAAAGUUUUUAAAGACUUAAAUUUCCAGGGAAAAAUCUAUAAAUGGGAUGCAAGUGAAGAAGGUGAAUGUGAACCCUUUCCUAACAUAGUUCAACGUGUAACUUUAUUCUUCUGUACUCCUAAAUCUCUUUGUAAUCACCUGGAUGAAAAGUCAAAGAAUAAAAUCUCGAUGGAUGUUUUCACACUUAUUGUUUUGGACGAAUGUCAUCAUGUGGUACGACGAAACCCAUUCAACGAAAUCAUGAAUUAUUACAGGAGACACAAAUUUGAAUCGGAGUCCAGCAUGACACCGCAGGUUUUAGGUCUGACUGCUUCGCCAGGAACGAACAAGGCAGACGACGGAUUUUCUGCUGUCCAACAUUUGAAAUGCUUGAUGGCAAAUAUGGAUGUAUCAAAGCUGUCAGUUGUCCGAAAAUAUGAACAAGAACUGUUAAAUUAUUCAUCAACCCCAACAAAAGUAAAAAUUCGUUCAACGGAAAGGCAGCAUGAUCCUGUAGAAGGCAUUCUUUUUAAAGCCAUAAAAAAUGUUGAAAGUGUAUUUACUAACAGAAAAGUUACUUUAUUUCUAAUGCAAGACAGCUUCGAAACAAAAACUCUGCUAUCUGCCCUAGAAAGUCCACCAUUUGAUAAAAGAGGAACAAGAUAUGUACAAUGGAUUAGUGAAACAAAGAGAAAAACAGAGAGCGUAAUGUUAAAAGACGCAGAUGUGCCCCGUCUCAUACAUAUUUGCCUAAGGCAUUUAGAGUUAUACGUAGAAUGUCUGGAAAUGAAUUCAUUACUUGAAAUUGAAAAUGUUACUGAAUUGCUUACCGAUGCAUAUGGACUAUUCUCAUAUGAAAGCCAACAGGCAAGCACUAUACAAGAAAGAGAAAUUAUAGAAGCACUAAAAGAUGUGACAACACGACUACGGGAGAUAAGGCACGACGUUGAAAGUAAUCCAGACGUUAAUGAAAUAAUAAAAACACUUCUGCAGGAAUAUGAAUUAUUAAAUGAGGAUUCAAGAUUCCUGGUAUUCGUUAAAACAAGAGCAUCUGCAAAAGCCUUAGCAAAAAGACUACCAGAGUGUCUGAAAGCUACCCAUUUGACCGGGGGAACAAAAUCAAAGGAUAAAGCAGGUCUACAUAUUGAUGAACAACUUGAGGUUAUGGGAAAAUUUAGAGAAGGAGAACAUUUGUGCAUCGUUGCAACUUCUGUUGCAUGCGAAGGGCUUGAUAUUCCACAAUGCAAUUUGAUGAUUAGAUACAAAUUCAGAGUAGAUGAAAUUAGUAGCUAUCAAAUGAGAGGACGAAUUAGAGACAAAGGAGGAAGGGAGGUAAUACUGGCGUCUUCAGAAGAUUUUGAAAGGGAAACAAAAAAUAUAUUAAGGCAAUACUACAUGAAAAAUGCAAUUGAACAAGUGAUCGACCUUGACCUUACUGCACAUAUUGCAAUAGCAGAACGAGGGAUAUAUGCGUCCGAAGUUCAGGGACGACUACUCCAACAGCGUCAAGCGGACAGUAAAACCAUAGGAGCUUUUACAGUUAACUGCAAGUUCUGCGGAAAACCAGUAACUGAUGGUCAAUUCAUCAGACAUAUAAAAAGGAAAAUCUUUAUAGUAUAUGACAAGACAAUUUUGACAAGAAUAAGACGCGAACCUCUUAAAAAGAUAACAAAAUUUGACACAAUAAAGAAAACGGAAAGAGUAUUUGGAAAUAUUUGUGGUCACAGUUGGGGAGUAAUACUUGUGUAUCAGCAAUGUGACUUUUUAGCAAUAUCAAAAGAUAAGGUCAAUUUCUUUGAUAAAUAUUCAAAAGAUUUGGUAAAAUUUAAGAAAUGGCCUGAAUUCCCUUAUCGCAUUGACGAAGUCUCAGAUGAAGAAGUUCAACGUUACUUGUCACAAUGAUGAAAAUCACUUCAAAAAUAAUUCGUAGCGGAUAUCCUAAUUGAAUUUGACGUAUUCUCGUGGACUAUAUUGGUUUUUGAUCAUAGAAAUAAAACGUUUUGAACUAUAAUACAUAAGAACAUACACUUUUUUUUGUAAAUGAUUGUAAAAGUCUAGACAGGUGGAUGUUUUUAUAUAUCAAAUGUUAAUUAGCCUAGUGAUAACGUAGUCAUUUCUCCCUAUGUGACACUACAAAAUUUCCAGGAAUCUAUUACACUUCAUGUAUGACAUGUAUGAGUGGAAAAACGAUUUUUGACACAAAUGUAUUUUCUUUUUAUUUCCAGGAUAAUAUAGUUAUCAGAAUCAUUUCAAUGUAUUAUAGUUAUUUUGGAAAUCUUAGAAUUACAGUCAUGACAGAUGCAAUAUGUAUUUAAUGUUAAAUGACCAUGAAAUAUUUUAGAUCGUUUUGAAAUAACGAUUUGUUGUCAGUUUCAUAUUUACUGUUCAUUGAAUUCAAGGAAAACUAUUUAAACUAGAGGCUCUAGAGAGCCGGUAACGCUCACAUGGCCAUGGAUUGAUGGCCAUCUUUAACAAUGGACACUAUCAUACAUUAAAGACUAGAAUAUUAUUCAUGAAUUGCUGCUUGAAAGUUCUCUUGAGCUACUAUUAAUAGUGUUUGCCCAAAAUGCACAAUACUGGUAAAAUUCCUCAUUCAUAGGCAUUACUUCCUGGAAGUAGUUGACUGAUGAUUUUAGAUGUGAGGUCGUAUUAACACAUCAAGUCUUUCUAUUCAAAGUUUCUCUAUAUUUAGGGAGUUUUCAAAGCAAUAGGCAAAAUCGAAAAAAAGAGUAAUGGCAAUAACUCUUAAAAGGAGUCGACUGACGAGUUCAGCACUGAAAAAAACCUAUUAGUAAAUCUUGUCUUGCUGAUGAUUUUUAAUAUUAUAGUUUUGCUAUCUAUUAUAGUUUUUAUGAUAAUUGACAGAAACACAAAACUGGUAUAAAUCGUAAUUUAAGGGCGAUAAAUAAUUAAUAAAUAAUUUCAGCAUUGUUAGCUUAUUCAUAGAUAUUGUCUACCUGAAUACUGUCGAUAUCUAAAGGAGUAGGUCCGGUAAGGGCCGAUUUUGGCCUCAAAUUUCAGGUUCAUCUGACGAAAGAUUUUUGACACUUUUUAAACACUUAAGUGUCUAUUUCAGUUGAUUCAAUUAGUUCAUGUGAAAGAUUUUAACUGAUUAAGUCAUUAAAAACGCUCCGAUUCUAGCUUAAAUAUGAAAAAUCUAUCAAAUAUGCCAAAAAAUGUCACUUUUCAGAUGGUUUUUGUCAAAAAUGAAAAUGGCCGCAUCCGUGUUCAUCCUCAACCUUUAUAUAUGUUAUGUAUUAUCAUCAAAUACAACUUACAUUUCAAUAUUAAGAAUGAACACAAAUGCGGCCACUUUCAUUUAAGACGAAAACCGUCUAAAAUUUAACUAAAAUGUUAAAAUUGUGAAGAUUUCAGUAACUUUGCACGAAUUAAUGAUGCUAGUUCCCGAUAUAUGGGCAUUGUAUUUUCAAAAACAGCCCAUAUUUACGUAGCAGACGCAUUCUUCUUUCCAAUAAAUAACUAAAAGUUUACAUUUUAACAAUUUUGUAAAACUGCUAUAUUUUGGGGCCAAAAAGAGGUCUUACCGGGCCUACUCCUUUUAUCUCUAUCUUUUGUUGUUUCAAAAUAAUAAGUAAACACAAAUUAAUUUAGUUAAAAUCGUCCAUUAAGCACAAUAAUUAUAAGUUAUCGUCUGGUCCAAAUACAGUGUAUGCAAAUCUCAUCAUUCUGAACAUUUCUGCCUCUGUAAGAUGUUUCUUUAUCUAUAACGGUUUACAAGAUAAUAGGCAAUACUUGCAUUUUGCACUUUUGUUCUGUUUUAGCUCCGCCGGACUUGAUAUGAAUCUAGUUCACCGUUUAUGUUUUAAACGAUACCCGAAUGAUGAGUGUGGCCAAAUUUGUUUCUAUUUGGCCCAGUCAGAUGAUAACAUUUUUUUAAGAUUAACGGACGACGACAGACGACGGACGCCAAGUGAUAGUUCACGCUGGGCCUUUGGACAAUGUGAGUUUAAAAUGCGUAACACUGAUCUCUGUAAACUCGACUCAUGUUUCUUUGGACAAGUUGAGCGAGCUUUAAAUAUCCAGGAAUCUAUUGGAUUUUUCGUAUACUGUAUGAAACUCAUGCAAUUUUAAUUUAAAUAAAUCAUCAUAUUAAUGUUAGUUUUAUUCAUUUUUGAAAUGUUAGUCAUUUCCUUAUAGAAAUUACAUUCAUUCGAUCAAAUGAAUAGUAUGGAUUGCUUUGGAUUAGUUUUGCUUGUACUUUGUAAUGGAAUUAUACAGAAAAAUGUGUAUGGAGAAGGUAAAUGUUUCCUGUUUAAUCAAUGUACAGUAUUAUGUAGUUAUGUAAUGAAAGAUUGAUAGUUAAUUAAAGUGUUUUCAAA